GAUUCGUUAAUCCCUCGUCUUCCUCAUAUCCAACCUUCUUCCUCUUUGCUACUCCUUCUGCUCCUGCUUCUUCGUCUUCUCUGCUGCUCUGCUGCUCUGUUAGUAUUCUAUAGCGGCCAUGGUAUCCGCAAAGUCUUCUCUUCUGCAAGAUACGGCUGCCACCCCGGCGCCAAAGGUGAAGCAGUCCAAAAGCCGAAAUGGCUGCGCAACUUGCAAAGCAAAGCGACUGAAAUGCGACGAAACAAAACCCACCUGUCUUCAAUGCCGGAAACGAAACGUCGAGUGUGGCGGCUACAAACGCGACUUCAAAUGGCGUCUCUUCGAAGAGUCCUCCAUCACCAAACGGAAAAAAGGCGACCCGUCUCCCGCCACUAGCUCGGCUUCCUUCGUCGUCGUCCCCACUCCCUCCCCCUCCUCUUCCUCACCCGCCUUCUCCCGCCAUCCCUCCUCCACUUUCGCUCCACCUACCUCCUCCAUCUCCCUCUCCAGCAAUACCGACGACGCCCUCCUCUCCCCCCUCCACCCCUCCACCGAACAGGCCGUUCUCAGCAGUGGCGCGAACAGCGGCUUCUCCCCACUAACCGCCCCCGACGACGACUCCGUCCCCAUCCUCUCCUUCGACUCCUCCGGCCAGAUCAUCUCGCCAAACUCAGACAUGUCGGCCCUCAUCGACCCCGCCGAAUACCUCCAAUCCACAUACACCCCCGCGCUCAACCAAGAGCUCUCGAACCUGACCGCGUCCAUGGCCUCGCUCGGCAGCCAUCCGCUCUCCCUCCUCUCGCCCAACCUCAUCAUGUCCUCUUCCACCACCAACCCGCUCGACGACAACAGCCCAGACAACCUCGCCGUCAGCCGGCGGCAGUCCUCGUACUUCAUCGACCCGACCGGCCCCGUCAGCUCGUCCGACGUGCUCCUGAUCCCGUCAAUGCCGACCCUCGACCCCACCACCCGCACCGCGCUCUUCUUCCACACCGCCACCGCAUCCGUCAUGUCGAUGAAAGACACCCCCUCCGACAACCCCUGGCGCACCCUCUUCUGGCCCCUCGCGCACUCACACAUGGCCCUCUACCACGGCCUCGCCGCCAUGGCCUCGUUCCACGCCGCCGCCACCCACCCGGCCUACCGCAUCGACGGCGUCGACCACAUGCGUCUCGCCAUCUCCGAACUCGUCAACGGCCUCAACAACAACAUGCCGACCGACGUCGCGCUCGCGACAACAAUCACCCUCGCCUUUGCCGAAGCCUGGGACAGACACAUCUCGACCGGCAUCGCCCACCUGCGCGGCGCAAAGAUCCUCAUCCGCCAAUUCGUCAGCAGCCGCCGCGGCCUGCCGUCCUCCGUGCAGCAAUCCCCGAUCGAAACCGCUAGGCUGAAGAGGUUCAAGAGCCUGUACAAUUCGUGGAUGUACAUCGCCAUGAUCGCGAAGCUAACCUCCGACGACGACGACGACACCGGCGGCCCGGUUGCACAGGACGAGUACGAGAUCUUCUCGGCCGGCGGCUUCGACACCGUCGACCCGCUCAUGGGCUGUGCACAGACUCUAUUCCCCAUCAUCGGCAAAGUCGCCACGCUCGUCCGGCACGUGCGGUUAUCCGGCCGCGACGACAUCUACGUCGCGGGCGCGAUCGCGCUCAAGGAGGAGCUCGAGAUGUGGCAGCCCUCGAUCCGGGAGCCGUAUAACGCGUGCGAAGACCCCGCGUACGACAGCUCGUCCUGCAUCGCGACCGCGCAGGCGUACAAAUACGCCACACUACUCUACCUCUACCAAUGCGUGCCCUCGCUCGCCGAGUACUGCCCUCCGCGGCGGCCGAGCGAGACCGACGACAUCUCGUCGCCGUCGAGCGUGAUCGAGCUCGAGCUCGGCGUGCAGACCGAGUCGCCGACGAAGGUGAUUACCGCCAAACUACUCGAGAUGCUGGCCUCGGUGCCCACCACCUCGCGCACGUGCGUGGUGCACAUUUUCCCGCUCCUCUCGGUCGCGUGCGAAGUCGACUCGCCGCAGAUGCGCGCGAUUGCGCGGAAGCGGUGGGCUGAUCUGUCGCGGCUGCUGCAGAUGGGGAACGUGGACCGGGCGUUUGACGUGAUUGAGGAGGUGUGGACGCGCAAGGACGUGAUGAAGGGGCAGUGGAAGCUGAAGGUUGGGUUUACGCAUUGGAGUACGGUUAUGAGAGAGUGGGGGUGGGAGGUUUUACUGGGAUAGUGAGAUCUUAUCUUUUUGUUUUUUUUUGGUUUUUGUAUUCUAUAUCAUGACGAGCAACUAGAGUAAUAGAUAAUGUAUUUAUACCACCAUAAA